CUUGACUCGAGGUUUCGGCACCUUGGCCCUCGACUUCUUGACAGGCUGUGUGGCAUCGGCCGUGUCGACCAGAGACUUCGCAGUCUUCCUUCUCUUCAUCCGCGCCUUCUUCUUCUUUGCAGCCUCAGCAAGUGUAAUUGCAUCUUGGUCAUCCUCGCUCUCUGUCCCCGAGGACCAAGGAUCCUCCUCGUCUUCGGAGCUAUCGCUAGCAGCAGUGUCGUCAUGGGCAGCGGCCGCACAUUCCUGCUCAGCUGCAUUGAAGUCAGUUUCGAAACGGAUUUGGAUUGGAUAACCACGUACUGUAUUGCGUUUUCAGGAACGCUACCAUGAAAUCGAGCACCUGAGAUGAGAAGCGUUGUCGAUCUGAUGACGCCCAAUUGCUUGUUCCUUCUUUUCCAUAAGAGCAGCUGUUGAAUGAAUCAAUUCUCGCUCUGAAUGACGAAGGUAAGUGUAACUUACUGGAUAGCGCGAAUCUCUCCUCCAAACUCCGGCAUUGGUCCACCCAAGAUGAGUGUGCUAGAGAGACCAGUGGCGUCCAUGAUACCCUUCAGGAUGGGCAUGAUGAACCCCGGCACUUGUUCGAUUGCACUGUGAGACC